UGUGCUCUCCGCCUGGAAAGUCAGCAACAACCUGCCGACAGCGCUACUUUUAAACUCCGCAUCUGAGGAUAAUUGUUUGUUUUUUCUUUUUCAUUUUCUCUGAUGGAUAAAAUGGGAACAACGAGUGAGGAAAAAUGAGAAGGCUGGGAGUAAGAAAAGAACUGAAACUUCAUAGUUUUUUAUGUAUAGCUGGUUCGAAGCUGCAGGAAACCAGUAGUGAACCUGGAGCGCCUUAAUGCAAGGCAGCAUCAUGUCCCCAGCCGUGCAUCCUCAUUGUGCGACGUGCCAAGUGAUUAUCACCAGAAAACAGGAUUUUAACUUGCGUGGAGAUUUGGAUUAUUUUUUAUUGCUCCAAGUAUUCUAGAAAAAAUAUCUCCUGAAAAAAGCUUUAACAUGAACACCUCGGAGUGCCACAACACCUCCUCCAUUGUGACCAAUGUUGACAAACUUUUAACAAGCGCCUUCAUGUUUUUCGCUGGAGUAGUGGGGAACCUGCUGGCUCUCUUCAUCCUCGGGGUGCACCGGAAGGAGCACCGCUCCAGGUCCUCGGUCUUCUGCGUCCUGGUGACGGGUCUGGCCCUUACUGACCUGCUGGGAACCUGCCUCCUCAGCCCACCUGUGUUCACCUGCUACGCCCUCGACAAGUCGCUGAUAAGCCUGGGUGGUGAUGCGCUCUGCAACGUGUUUGGCGCAGCGGUCAUCUUCUUUGCGCUGGCACCGACUCUCAUACUGUGCGCCAUGGCGCUGGAGCGCUGCUUGGCCAUCAGCCACCCAUACUUCUACUCAGUACAUAUUCGGCGCAACCUUGCCAAAGUCACCCUUUUCUUUAUUUACAUUUUCUCCCUGGCAUUUUGCCUCCUACCAUACAGCGGCUAUGGUCAGUUCAGACAGUACUGCCCCGGGACGUGGUGUUUCGUUAAAAUGGAAGCAGGCAGAGAUGGCUUGGUUCUAGCCUUCUCUCUAUCCUACUCUUCACUCAUGGCGCUGCUGAUCUUCAUUGUGUUCGUCUGCAACGGCUCGGUGAUCGUCAGUCUGUGCCAGAUGCGCAGGAGCCACCUGAAUCGCCGCGGAUCCGUGGUGUCUGUGGCGCGGAAGAAAAGAUUUAACCUGGCCUGGUUCGGGCGCGGGGAAGAGGAGAUGGACCACCUGGUCCUGCUGGCUCUCAUCACUGUCAUCUUUGUGGUGUGCUCCCUGCCUCUCACCAUUGCUGGAUUUAUUAACGCCAUCGAUCCAUUCCCUGAAGGAGACGAAAAAAACCUGUUUGCUUUCCGCUUUUACUCUUUAAAUGCAAUCAUGGAUCCCUGGGUUUUUAUUAUUUGCCGUAAGUCUGUGUUUCGUCACCUUUGUUCUCUGCUGAGCUGCAGAUUUGGCAAAGGAGCCAUGAAGACAACGACACACUGUGCUUUGUCUCUACCGCUUGAUAACUCCAUAGCUCGCAACCCGUAAAUAAAGGAGCUGUACUUAAUGGCAAAAUGGACGCCUUACCACAAGCCAGAGGACUCCUUAGCUGGAAGGAUGAAGAACUACAGAAGGAGAGACUAUCUUAUCCAAAUAAAUGGUUUAACUAAUCUCUGAAUUUAAAGGGAUCAUGAAUGUACAGUUUGUAUUCAAAGUCAAAUGAUAUUCUAAAUGUGUUUCAACAUCCUUUAACACUGCAAAAGGAAGUUGUGCCAUACAGCAAAGCCCAAUACAUUUGUUUAGUUAUGCUUCUAACCAUAUCAAAGGUGCACUUAAAAAAGCAGCGUGGAGACUUAACUUGCAUGGCUGUAUACCAUUGGUCUCCUCACAACCAGCCAUUUCCUGAACACACACACAGUAAGUAAAUUAUGCAUAAUAUCAGUUAAGGGUCAAUUGAAGCAUUUUACCUCAUAAUCUAGCCAUCAUCAGGGAUCAGUGACUUUCGCCUUAAGAGUUUAAAAUGUCUUAACCCAAAAUCAAAGCUCAAUUCUGCUUUAGUUCAUAUAAUCUGCUGUAGGCUAUGUCAGAUUCUGUGUGUUUAUGUUGCACCAAAUGACAAAUAAUAUCACUUCAUGAAACCUGAAGAGAAAGGUAAAAUUAAUUCAACCAUCUAAAUUCAGUCAGAUUUGGUUAUAUACCAUAGCUUAUGGCAUAACUGCUUUUUGCAAGCCUGUUCUCUUCUGACCACAGAGGCUAAUAGGGUCACGCUUGGUUAGCACAUGAAUGAGACCACCUUGGAUGCCAAGUACUGUACAUACAAUCCACAUUGAUCUUAGCUUUAAUGGACUGCAGACUCAUUCCGUGUAUAAAGGGUUUUUCUAUUAAAUUAACCUCGUCUGAUUACGUCCUGUGGUUAAGAGUGAAAAGCUUAACUUGUGCUUUUGGCCAUAUACUAGUAUCAGUAUGGGCUGUAGUAAUAUUUUGGAGCGAGUGUUAAUCUUACAUUUCUUCAGGGUCAGAAUAAAUUACGCUGUUUACAGAGAUAUUACUUCAUUAGAUCUACUUCUAAGGUUUGAUCAUGAACUUAAAUGUUUACUGAAUUUGUAUUUUAAAAUGGUACCUACCUUAGAAAUUGCAUACCAUUCAAUGUAAUCACCUUUUUGUUCAUCUCACAAAGUUUACUCAUUGAACAUCCAUCAAUUUCAUCUUUUGUGCUUGUAAAAAAUUUUUUACCAUUUCAAAGCUUCAAAUAUUUAAAAAAAACUGUGAUAACAACAGUUAAUUACCAUUAAUUAUUUACUUUAGGGACAAAAUGUGAUGUUUUUCAGGAUUAAACAAUUUCAAUGCUAAAACAUAGGAAUUAAUGAUUCAAAUUAUUUUUAUCAUUGGGAAUAAUUUACCUGGGUGUCAUUGGUAACAAGCUCUGUUUUUUUUUUUUUUCAGGGCAUAGUUAGUUAACUAUUUAUAGUUAAAUCAAAGAUAUAUAAGUCAAUCUAAUAUGUCCAAUACCUGCUUUCAAAAAAUAAACUAUACUGAAACCAUUUCAACAUAAAACAAGUUGAUCUCCACAUUUCAUUCUUUGACUCUUGUUGAAAAGUCAACUGUCUAAUGAAAAUAAUGUACAAAUGUUUUGGUACUGCUGUUAAUCUCUGGUCCUUUUCCAGCCUUGCUUGUCAGUUCCAGUUGUUUAAAACUUGUUAGUUCCUGAUCUGACUGUAGAUGUUGUCAAAUGUGGUUGAUUAAUUAAUACCUUCUAGUCUUUCCCUGACUUACAAAAGUCAACCCACUUCUACCUUUCUGAAUUGGGUUUGUUUUCCUGAUUUUCCCAUUCUGAAUAGUUUCUAUGGGUAGAAAUUGGCCUCUGUGUUAUAUCCCUAUCCCAUGAAAACAGGAAGAUAUGGAUUUUAAUUAUGAUAAAAUCCUUAUUUCAGAUUACUCUUUUCAACUUGGAACAAUAAAAUACAAUUUACAGGAGAACGUAUGUAACAGCUUCCCAGGAAUUGUUAAGGGUGUUAAUACCCUGGGGUCAUAAUUUUUUAGAUAACUAUUUCCUAAUAUUAAAAUAAUACACUGAAGAAAUUUUCUCCUUAGUUUAUCCUUAGGUGAUUGUUAGGUUUUGUUGAUAAAAUAUAUAAGUUGCUUCAAACAUAGGUGAGUAAACCUUUUAAACUUUUCAGUUUAAGAGUUUUUACACCUGUAUAAGGUAUGAGGCCCUUUUUUUUUACUGAUUGAACAUAAGAACAGUGUUUGACAAACUAGCAUGAUUAAAAAAAUGUUUUAAUAAAUAAUUUGAACCACUUUCUGCAUAUAAUUUUGAAAA